UAUAGUAUUGUUGUUUGUUCUAAAAAAUAACACAACAUAAGCACAAGCCUUAAAUUAAGAUCUCUCUCUUAUCACUAUAUUAUGCACCUUGAACCAUAAUAAAUAAUUCUUGUAGAAGUGAAAACAGAAUGGCCGAGGCAGGUAUGACUACUGGUAGCAGGAACCAAAGAUGGUCCCUUGAGGGAAAGACCGCUCUUGUUACCGGCGGAACCAAAGGAAUAGGGCAAGCUAUUGUAGAGGAAUUGGCAGGAUUUGGGGCAACUGUAUACACAUGCUCUAGAAAUGAAGUCGAACUUAAUGAGCGCUUAGUUGAGUGGAAGAGGAAAGGAUUCCAAGUAUAUGGUUUUGUCUGCGAUGUUGCAUUUGAAGGAGAUCGAAAAGAGCUGGUUAACAAAGUCUCAUUGCUCUUCAAUGGAAAGCUCAACAUCCUUAUAAACAAUGUGGGGACAACCAAACCAAGUUCAACCAUAGGCCACACAGGUGAAGAUUUCUCGUUCCUAAUGAGAACAAACCUUGAAUCUGCUUACCAUUUGUGCCAACUUUGUCAUCCUCUUCUGAAAGCUUCGGGAGCAGCUAGUAUCGUUUUUAUCUCCUCCAUUGCUGGUGUAAUAGCAAUUGAUGCUGGAACCACAUAUGCUGUUACUAAAGCUGCGAUGAACCAAUUGGCCAAAAAUCUUGCCUGCGAAUGGGCAAGAGACAAUAUAAGAAGUAAUUGUGUUCUGCCCGGGACUACUAGAACACCUCUAGCUGAACCUUUUCUUAGUAAUGAAAGCUAUAUAAAGGCGGUUAUGAGUCGAACGCCCUCUGGACGCGCGGCAGAGCCAAAUGAAGUGUCUUCAUUGGUGGCUUUCCUGUGUCUACCAGCAGCUUCUUACAUAACUGGGCAAGCCAUUUGUGUUGAUGGAGGCUUUACAGUAAACUGAUCGUUCUCUCAUUAUGGAUGAUGCACAAGGGAUAAUGGCACAAAACGCCAUCUAUGGUGCUGUACGAGAGUAGUAUAAAGAUCAUGUUUCGUCUGCUUAUAGUUUGGCUCGUCGUAAUAAUAUGUUAUGCAAUAAUAUGCUAAAUUGUAUUUUUUAUUAUUAUUAUUCUUUCAGAGUUGGAAGGUAAUAUGCUAUGUUGUAUUAUGUAGUAUUGGACAUUUUUCGUCUGGUAUGACAUCCUAAGUAAUUUUAUUUUAUGUGUUAGAAUUUUUUAAGAUUAUUCUCAGUUUGUCAUUUAAGUUUUGAAAACUACCAGUUAGCUCUCAGAAAUGAGAACUAGUCCACUUAACCUCAUUUGUUAUGAUUUUUGUUAAAAUUAGUCAAAAAAGAGGUGGUUAAGUGUGGUCAUAUUGACUAAUCAGACAUUUUUCCGUUUAUUUUUAACAGAAGUUUUACAA